ACAAAAUAAACAAUGACACUAAAGAGAUAAUGUGAGAUAAGAAUGAUGUCGUUUUGGAGAAAGAUGUUGUUAUGUUUGACAAGAUUAUUGUCGUUUCUUCAGUAACAUUGUCGUUUCUCUCUCCUUCUACAAUGGCCACAUUGAUUCUUUCUGGUAAAAGCUAAACCCUAGAACUCAAUUCAAAGCUCAAACCUUUACCCAACCAUGGAACCACCAUCACCACCGUCCUCCUUCUUGCCGGAGCCACUCAUUCACAAAAUCCUAGCUCAUCUCCCACCAAAGGACGCCAUUAGAGCUUCAGCUUCCUCCAAAACAUGGCGUUCAGCCUGGCUUUCCUCUCCCAUUCUCUCCAUCGACGAAACUAAACUACCUUUCAAAGCCACACAUUUCUUCGAUUACGCCCACCGAAGCUUAGCCCUCUGGCUCGAACGCUGCAACCACAGGGGUUUCAACGUCCACAAAUUCUCUCUCUGCGCCAACAUCACCGACGACCAAUCCUUCUCUCGCUUCGUUCAGCUCGUAUCCAUGGCUAUUAAGCGUGAUUUUAAGGUAAUUGAACUUCAAAGCUGUUCUGAUGAAUUCUGGGUUCUCUUUAAUUCAACUCCUUUGUGGUUACUUCUUUUUGAACCCAAACUGCUCGACGUUUUGUCUCUGAAAAGCUUUGGUAUUUUAAUUGCUGGUUCUUUAGUGGGAGUCUCUUCUUUGAAGAAGCUUAUACUCAGUUGUUCAUGUAUAGAUGAUAAUAGUUUGAAGAAUUUGUUGUCAUGUUUUCCUUUGUUGGAGAAUUUAGUAUUGGAUUAUUGCUUUGGUUUCUCUGAGCUUCAUAUUUCUUGCCCUAAACUUAGAACAUUAGAGGUCAAAUACUAUGGCAUUUCGGCCCCGAAUGUUGUGAUCAAAGCCGAAAAGCUUGAGUCUUUUGUGUACAUUAGGGCUUUGAAUUCUCCUGGUGUUGUUAGGUUUUUGAAUUGUAGAUUACUAACGAGUUUACAAAUUGAGCGAGCGGAUUUCGGUCAGCCUGAUGCCAUUGAUGAUUACAUCAAGCAAAUUCCUUUGCUUGAGAAUUUGGCAUUGCUUGAUUGUGGAUUGACUGGGACUGGGAGUUUUGUGAUCUCUCAUUCGAAUCUCAAGAGUUUGAGGAUUCAAAGUUGUUGGGGGUUGUUGAAAGCUGAGAUCAACACUCCUAAUCUUUGUUGUUUUAGAUAUUGUGGGAUUAUUUUUCAGUUGUCAACAUUUAGAUACUCUUCUUCUGGAUUGGUUAAGGCUGAAAUUGAAUUGGCAACGGGCUCUAUUGAGCGAACCGAAUGGUUUUGGUUCGUUGAGCUGAGAAACUUCCUUGAAAUCUUUAGCAAAUGCAAUGCAUUGAAGCUGCAUUGUUACAUACAUGGAUUUACUGAAGAACUUAGGGAUUAUAAUUUGCUUCCUGAUCCUUUUUACGAGGCGAAACACUUAACUAUUACAAACCGAAAACUCCCAAUAGCAGAUUAUGCUCGUCUUGUCGGUGCAAUGAUGAAGCUUUUUCCUUGUGUAGAAACACUAGUUCUUAAGACAGAGUGUGCUAAAAUCUUCAUCGAGUUUAAUGAAGAUGGAUCUUUGUCUUUGAAAUAUGAAGAAAUAAGCAACAUGUGUGAUAGUGAUGAAUAUGACAGAAUAUUUGAGUCUAUCAUUGUGGUCAUAAAUGAUAUAGAGAAGGUUAGCCAAGUUUAAGAAUACACAAACUUAAUUAAGUUAUUAACAAACGAACCAACUAAAGGGUUGUUUUUAUCAAUCAUGUUAAAUGUAUUUGUAUAUUUAUUAUGAGUAAGGCAAAAUUCUUUAUAUUUAUUAUUGUUUAAAUUAUUAUCAAUAAUAAUAAUUAAGUUAAACUCAGUCCUUUUAAA